AUGCCUAGUCCUCUCCUGGCCAGUGCCAUGGCCGCCAUCGGCUCUCUCUACGACAACAGACCGGACGCCAAAGUGUACGCUCUAACCCUAUUGGAAGUUGCAACCAAACUUUUGAGACGCCGAGACAACAUCACCAACCGGUCACGGUUGGCUGAUUUACAGACUGUCUUCCUUCUGGAGGUUCUGAGUAAGUACUGCGCCAGACGUGUCGAGGUCGAAAUGUCGGCGAGGUUUCGGUCCCUCCUAGCAAGCCUCGACCAAACUCGUCGAUUUCUGGCCAGAGAUUCUCUCGCGGUUUUCCGUACUCUUUCAAAGGAUCGAUCAAGUGAUGACCUGGCAAGAGCACACAAGUUCUGGCUUGAACAUGAAACACGACGGCGUAUUCUUCAAGCAGCAACUGUUUUGGACCAACAGCAAGUCACCAUGUUUGAACAGCCGCCUACUAUCGUUCAACACGAACGGUCGCGACGGCCCAGUCUUGAUCUUCGAUGCAAGAUACCUCUCCCUUGCUCAGAUGAGCUCUGGGAGACCAGUCCUGUUGAAAAAUGGGAAGAAGUAGCGUCGAGAAGCGGUGGCAUAUCUAAUUCAGGUGCUACUUCCAAGGAUAUGGGUGACGUGGCUUCCGGUGUCUCGUCAGGUCUUGACUUUUUUCAAAUUCAGGUCAGCCUUACGGAGAACCCGGAUGUGCCCUUUGACCGGUUACUGCUGCGACGUGGCGGCCCGUCCCACGCCCAUGAUCACGCUCGUCUUGUCUUCAACCAUCAAGUGCGCGAACUCGCCCGACACACUCCUAUCCGACAACUGCUUAUUGUCAGCGGCGAGUCGUGGGUUUUGGGCAAGAAGCUGGAAAAUGAAGCAGAGUUCCAGGCCGCCAAGCGCAAUCUCAGAGCUUGGGUAGACACCAAUCGAGAGAGCCGGAUUGCGUUUUGGUAUGCCACGCAAUUGAUCCGGAGUCGCGUCGAGAUCACAACACCUUCGGAGACUGAAGACGUCACCGUUUCAUUUCUGGACACUUACAUGCUGCACGAGCCGUGGUGUCUGUAUCUGGCAGCACUUGUUUGUUGGGCAUACGGACUGAGCGCGUCGAUGAGACCAACAGAAACCAGUGGCGGACGUAUGUCCGGCCGAGCCUCGUCGACUGUCAGUGAAGCCCAGUCUCAGCUGUCUCAUUGUUCCAAUCCGCAGCCGCCUACUGGACACCCGGCACUUCUGGAGCCCUGUGAGGCCGCGUCUUCGAUGCGCGAAUAUCUAGAAGCAACCAACCUCGACACACCGGAACAGCUUCUCCAGCUGGAUCCUCUCGCCUUCGGACAAUUCCGGGGCUUACUGGAAACCGUGCGUCUCCAUAAGAUUGGACACUACCUAGGCGGCCUUAUGAACGAUGCUGAGCGGGUUUUGUAUCGAUUGGUGGAAGGACGAGGUCGACUAUCCCAUUUUUAA